AUGGCUUGGAUUGAUGGGGCUCAGGCCGAUCCGCCGGUGAGUUUCAGUUGGCGGGAGCUGUUGGGCAUCUUGCUCUGCAUGGCGACGGCCCGUAGUUGUGCGAUGGCGUUGAAUCGGAUUCUGGAUCGGGAUGUGGACGCCCGAAAUCCGCGGACGGCGAUUCGGCAUCUUCCGGCGGGAAUCCUCAGCCUGCAGACGGUGACGGCGUUUGCUGUCGUGUCGGGGGUGGCGUUCAUCGCUUCCACGGCGCUGUUCUUGCCGAAUCGGUGGCCGCUGAUUCUGUCGGUGCCGGUGUUGGCGUUUUUGAUCGGCUAUAGCUGGGCGAAGCGGUUCACCUCGCUGGCGCACUUCUGGCUGGGGGCCGCGCUGAUGAUGGCCCCCAUUGCGGCCUGGAUUGCCAUUCGUGGAACCGUGGAUUGGCCGCCGGUGGUGUUGGGCGUGGCGGUGAUGCUCUGGGUGGCCGGGUUCGACAUUAUCUACGCGUGUCAGGAUUUCGAAUUCGAUCGUGACGAGGGGCUGCACAGUGUUCCGGCGAAGUUGGGCAUUCCGGGGGCACUACGGGUGGCGGCCGCCUGUCAUGCGGGAAUGUUGCUGGCCUUGAUCGCCCUGCCCUGGGUGUUCGCCCCCCUGGGUGUGGUUUAUUACGUGGGCAUCGCUGUGGUGGCGGUGUUGUUGAUUUACGAACACUGGCUCGUGCGGCCGGACGACUUAUCGCGGGUGAAUGCGGCAUUUUUCAAUAUCAACGUGGUGAUCAGCAUCGGCCUGGCCAGUUGUUAUUCUGGUUUAUUCGACGAACUCUCACGAGAACACGGAAGACGUAGGACGAUGAUUCAAGCCACCCAUCCGAAGCUGGACUCGAUUCGCGAUAAGGUUCUGGCCGGCGAGCGUCUCUCGUACGACGAAGGCGUGUACUUGUAUCAGCCGGAAGUUCCCCUGAAUGACAUCGGGGCGUUAGCCAACGUGGUUCGCGAGCGGAAGAACGGUAACCACGCCUACUACAACAUCAAUACGCACUUGAAUCCGACGAACGUCUGCAUCUACCGCUGCACGUUUUGUGCGUUUCGGGCCGACCUGCGUGAAGAUCGGGCGUAUGUGAUUCCCGACGAGCAGAUUCUGGAGCGGGGCCGUGAGGCGGUGGAAAACGGCUGCACCGAGAUGCACAUCGUCGGUGGGCUACACCACCUGAAGAAAUUUGAUUGGUACCUGAACGUCAUCCGCAUCUUGCACGAGGCCUACCCCGACUUGCACUUGAAGGCCUGGACGCCGGUGGAAAUCAACUGGUUCCGCGAGCUGACGAAGAGUUCGUACCGCGAAGUGCUCGAGCAAUUGGUGGAAGCGGGGCUAGGCAGCUUGCCCGGCGGUGGUGCGGAGAUCUUUCAUCCGGAGGUUCGCGACAAGAUUUGCGAACAUAAGGCCGACGCCGAGGAGUGGUUCGACAUUCAUCGUACGGCCCAUCAAAUGGGGCUGCGAUCGAACGCGACCAUGCUGUAUGGGCAUAUCGAAGAGCCGUGGCAUCGGAUCGAUCACCUGGUUCGUCUGCGAGAAUUGCAGGACGAAACCGGGGGUUUUCAGACCUUCAUACCCUUAGCGUUCCACCCUGAGAAUACGAACUUGGACCACAUCAAGAAACCAAGUUCGGCGCUCGACCUGCGGACGAUGGCCAUCUCGCGAUUGAUGCUUGAUAACUUCGACCACAUCAAGGCCUACUGGAUCAUGCUGGGCAUUGGCACCGCACAGUUGGCGCUUUCGUAUGGGGCCGACGACCUGGACGGUACCGUGCGGCAUGAGUUGAUUUAUCACGACGCCGGGGCGAAGACUCCUGAGGUGAUGAGCGUCGAAGAUAUCUGCCGGCUAAUUGUGGAAGCCGGCCGCGACCCGGUCGAGCGCGACACGCUGUACCAUCGAGUGGUGCGCGAUGGCCAGAAGUGGCAGUCGGGCGAUCCGAUUGUUACGACCACUACGUAG